AUGCAGCUUUUCGUCUUCAAUGACGGCAGCAGAGGGAAGCUGAACCACCAAUGCAGAGCCGACUUUGUCAAAGUGCAGCAGAAACUUCCAACAGGCAUCAAGAUCAACCCUGGAGAUCGCUGCUGUUCCUUCGAUGGCGAUGCUGACCCUCUGCAGGAUGGAGACGCUCAGAGACGCUUUAGAGGAAAGGAAGGAGAAAAGAUCACAGUUGGAUGUAAAUUUUAUUUCUCUGGAAUCAAGAUGUUCUUCUGUAAGGAAAUAUGUGAAGGAGAAAAUAUCCUGAUUGAAACGUCUGAAGACACAGCUCAGAAAGGCAGAUACAGCACCAGGUUUAAAGCAUUGGACACGGGAACAUUUGUUCUGAAUGUGAGCAUAAAUGAGCUGAAACGGGCCGACGCAGGACGGUACCGAUGUGGUUUGGACAAUCCUGGUGUACGAUUUGAUGAUUUUGAUCUCAUUGUGACUGAAGCUCCAAAAACUCCAGAACCAAACUGGACCCUGAAGACUUUUCCAUCCACAUCAGUGACGUCACCUUCUGUAACAACAGCAGAAACAAUGAAAGAAGGUCAGCAGCUUUAUCUGAUUCUGUCUAAUGUCGUCAAGAUCGUCUUGUUAGCAACACCUCUGGUGAUUUUCUGCUGGAAGAGGAGAACCAUGAAAAGUAAAGAUUCUGCUGUGGAAACUGAGUACGCAGAUGAAAUAUUUACAAUUUAUUCCUGAACUGAAACAAUCACAGCUCAAAGUUCAGAUGAAGAACAUUUAGUCUCAAGUUUUCACAAUUAAACAAUCAGAAAUCAAACAUAUUACACAGUUUCAUAGAGAAGCUAAAUGUUGAAAUAAGUUUUAUUACUGAAAAUAGUUUCUCUAUUCAGUGUUACAUAAGUUGUUUGAAAGAUGAUCUGAUUACUGUGCUGUGACCGUUUUAAUGUUUAUUUUUAACAUGUUUUAAAUAUGCAAAUGUUUUUAUGUUUAUAUUUUUGCCUCUUUGGUUUGAUUUAUUGUGCCCAUGUGAUAUAUAUUGGUUCUUUAUGACGACGUUUCUCUGCUUGUUUCUUUUUCUCUGUUUUAAAUUUGCUUUUGAACAAGUUUAGCAAUGAAACAAAUAAAUGUUUUUAUUAUUAUU